CGACUUUGCGAUUCCCGAUAUGUGGGAUCAGGACUUUCUGGCGCUAUUGUAGAUAAGGGUUGGUAGUACCGAGGCGUUGGGACAGCGAAUUAUUGCGAACAAGGAUGAAAGUUUCAUGUGAAGCCGACAGGCUAUGAUGUACGAUAUGACUGCCGAUCAUUCCAUAGAUAUAGUUAGUAUAUAAUCUCUCCCAUCUCAACAGCAGAAACAUCUCCAAAUCGAGCACCACAAUUAUGUCUUCCCUCCUCACAAUCCUCGGCCUCACAGCCCCAGAAGGCCUCGACCUUCCCAACCGCGCUAUCCCCUAUCUCCUCUUCAACUGGUUCUACGCCUACGGCAUCCUCAGCACCCGGCCUGCGAAACGUCUCCUCCGUAUCGACCACAACGUCGCCCCCAGAGAUGACCUGAAAGUCUACGGUGAGGCAGCCGUGCAAGCGGGGAAAAUCUCCCGCAGACAGUUGGAUCGACUCAAGCGGCAGGAGGCAGCGCAUGCCAAUGCCGUCGAGGGAUUUCCGCUUUUCGUGGCGGCUGUGGUAGUAGCAUUGCACACAGGCCUCCCCAACGACGUGAUCAACGGUAUCGGCGCAUGGUACACGAUAUCUAGGAUCCUGUUUGGACUUGCGUAUGUGUUUAUUGAGUCGGAGACGUUGAGCUUUUCGCGGUCGGUGUUGUGGUGGUCUGGGAAUAUCAGUUGUAUUACUGCUUUGGUGUUGGGAGGGAGAAAGUUGAAUUGAUCUAAUUGUCUGGAUUGUGAGGGUUUUCUGAUCUUGGGAUGGAAUUAUGAAUGGAUGAUGGGGGUGGAUGUGUGUGGGGAUGAUUCGGAGAUUGGGAUCGCCUGUUGGGAAUGAUCUGCGGGGGUUUAAGUGGGGAAAUAGAUGUUUGGACCGAGGUAGACUUGUUUUUGGGGGGAGCUGAUUUAUGAAUAUAUUG